GUGGCACAGGAACCACACCCCCAAGACCAUCAGCCAUGGCUGUGUUCGCUCUCUGCCUCCUGUGUGCCUUAGCAACAGUGGUGGAACCUGCCCCGGUGGCCUCUCUGGGUGGUCCAGAGCCGGCUCAAUAUGAAGAGCUGACCUUGCUCUUUCACGGGACCCUGCAGCUAGGCCAGACUCUCAACAGUGUGUAUAGGGCCACAGAGGCUCGCCUGGCAGAAGCUGGGCGCAACCUGCACCUCUUUGACAGAGCACUGGAACUUCUGGGAACAGAAGUCAGUCAGGGCCGGGAUGCGACACAGCAGCUUCGCACCAGCUUGUCGGAGAUUCAGGUGGAAGAGGACGCUUUACAACUUCGUGCAGAAGCCACAGCCAGGUCGCUGAGGGAAGUGGCCCAGGCCCAGCAGGCUCUGCGGGACACAGUACGGAGACUACAAGUCCAACUGAGAGGCGCCUGGCUCGGCCAAGCCCACCAAGAAUUUGAGACCUUAAAGGAUCGGGCCGACAAGCAGAGCCACCUCUUAUGGGCUCUCACGGGUCAUGUGCAGAGGCAACGGCGGGAGAUGGCAGAGCAGCAACAGUGGCUGCGACAGAUCCAGGAGAGACUCCACACAGCAGCUCUCCCAGCCUGAGGCUACCUGGAUGCCACUGAGGACCAGUCAUGUUGCAAGGAACACUGAACGCGCUCCAUGAAGCCCAUGGGCAGAGUCGACAGAGCUGGCUGCCCAUCGGCUGGGCUUGGACAGUGCACCGCCCUUCCUGACAGAGCAGAGACAGAAGCAAGAAGGCGGGAUGGAAGGCAGAAGACAGAGUCCCACGGAGGAGGGCUGGAGAAGACCAUGAGCUCCCUUAUGCCCACACCCCACAAUAAAACAGAAUAGAAGCAA